UGUGAGUAUCCCUCGAAGAAUGUGACCUGUCAAACCAUAAAAGUGAGAAAAUUUGCCGACCCUUUUGCCUCCUCAAUCCAUUGGUAUGUGUUUUUAUUAGCUAGAAGCUCCUUGUUUUUGUGUGCAGUUUGGCAAACUCACAGUGGUUUUAAUUGCUGUUAAUGUCCUUUAAUCUUUACUAAUGCAUGUGAUAGCUUUGUGGGUUUUGGCUAAAAUGAUAGAUAAUAUGCCAAAAUAAUGUAAUCAUCCACAAGUAUGUGGCUUAGUAUCAUGUGGGCUUAUCGUAGAAAAAAGCUUUUAUGAUCAUGCUUCAUGAUUUCAGAAUGUGAUUUUCAGAGAGAGAGCUUUUUUGGAUAGGUAUUAGCAGGUGGGCAUGUAUGUGCUUAUGUUUCUGAGCUUUGUAUUUGGCAGAUAAAGUUGGAAAUGUUUAUGUUUGCAAAGCAUUUGCUAAAAAGAAGCAGUGAGUUUGUUGUUUCUUUGGGUUGCAGUCAAAGUUUAUGAUCUGGGUUCUUGGGUUUAGCAAGAUUGGGACUAGUCAGCAUCUCACAGUAAGCUUGUCCCUCUCUUUAUUGGCUUCUCUUAUUGCAGUUUCUGAGAUUGAUUUUCCAAGUUAUUUAUGGUAACUGCAUUGGUUUGUAGCUAGUUUUGACAGAUAGCUUUGUGCAUAUUAAGCAGCAUUGAUUUGAUUAGGUAACAAAAGAUGAAAUCUUUGAGUAGUGUAGGACUUGGUUUGAGUGUAGUUUUUGGUUGCCUGCUAUUGGCUCUUGUUGCUGAGCUUUACUACUUGCUAUGGUGGAAGAGAAGAUUUACCAAUAGAGAGAUUGGAGAUGAGUAUAGUAACCCAGCAAGAGAGCUUUUUUACAUGUUUUGUUUGAAAAAGCCAUCUUCUUUAAGGCACUCUCAAGAACUAUGCUCUUCAGUAAGAAUCACAGAUACUCUUGUCCACCAUGAGCAAGAUUCUCGGCUUCAUAAUACAAGCAAAGAUUUAUUGCUCAAGCCCUUAGGUGAUGAUCCCAUGGAGACACAGCUUAUGAGGCUAAAUAGUCUCUCAGGUCCACCAAGAUUUCUCUUCACAAUUAUUGAAGAAACAAAGGAGGAUUUAGAGUCUGAAGAUGGCAAGUCUAGAGGUGACAACAAGAGUGCAAAAGGUUCAAGAAGUAGAAGCUUGAGUGAUUUGCUUCUCAAUAUAGAAACUCCAUAUCUAACCCCUCUUGCUUCCCCACCAUUUUUCACACCUCCUCUUACUCCUAUGGACCAUCUCUUUGAAUCAGCAGCAGAUGCAGAAUUUAACAAGAUAAGGUCAUCACCACCUCCAAAAUUCAAGUUCUUGCAGGAUGCAGAGGAGAAACUAUACAGAAGAAAACUGAGGGAAGAAGUGGAGGAAAAGGUCCAGAAGAAUGAUGGGUUUGCUCAAGCUCAUGCGAAAAAGGUUGCUACCUCAAAAUUUCUGAAAGAUGAGGAAGAUGGAUCCUUUAUCACCAUCAAUGUUGAUAAGAACCGAGAAAUAGAACUUAAUCAUCAAAAUCACCACCUUCCACAGUACCAUUCAUCCACUUCACAGAAAAUGAUUCUGACCUUCUAAUCAACAAUUCUCAUGGCCUAGUUGGAAGAGGGUUUUGACAAUCUUUAGCUGAAGAAGAAAAAGAAGAGGGAAGGUACAAUCCAAGAAAGCGACAAAAUUGGAAAAGAAAGGGGUAGUCACCUGUGAUGGUGAGAUGCCUGUUUGGGCUUUUUCGUAAACAACAAAGAGAUGCAAUUGCCCGUGAAAAUGUCUCGUGGGGGUAGAGGCCGAAAGGUGCCCCCCAGCUUGGAGAAUCAUUACAGUCAUGACCUUUUCUCUGUUCUUUAUGUAUUUAAUGCAGAGAUGUACAUGCUUGAAUCAUUAGGCUUUAGAUUAAUAUACUCAAAACUGUAUUUAAGCAAAGGAAUCAAGCCUUGUUUAACA